GCCACGGCAACAGAGACCUAGGAGGCCCGUGCGAGCGGCCUGGAGCCUCCGCCGCGAUGAGCGGCGCCGAGGUCGAGCCAGAAUCGGAGGGAGCCGCCGGCGGCGGAAUGGGGGCCGGCGGCGCCGCCACCCCCACCCCGCGCAUCAAGGUGCCCAACUUGAACUCGGAUGACCCGCAGGAGCGAAUCGCCGCCCGCCGACUCCGUAUCGCUGCCCGGCUGGAGGCCAAGCGCAGAGAGGCCCUCGGAGAAGAUCCAGAUGCAAAGAAACUUGUGGAGGAAGAAAAGAGCAGGAGCUACAAACAGACAGAGGAGAGCAGACAGAGACUGGCCAAAUUGUUGAUCGAUGGCACACAACUGGUGACAAACAUCCAGGUGGCAGCUGAUGCUCGGGAGACACACAGGAGGUCAGAGGAAGAGGAACUGAAUCGGCAGAGGCUGGAGAAGCUGGAAAAUGAAGCCAAAGCCGACCAGGACAAAUUUGAUGAGAUCACCUCCAAGUGGGGCAGUGCUAAGGAGAAGAUCAUCCCCCAAGACUUGUGGGACGUGCUCAACCUACAGCAGCAGCAUUGCGCACUCCUGAUUGAGGAGAAGAAUAAACUCAUCAGUGAAUUGCAGCAGGAGCUGAAGAGCAAAGAUGACCAUUAUGUGAAGGACCUCAAGAAGCAGUCCGAUGACAUUAAUCUUUUGCUGGAGCGAAUGGAGGAGCAGAUCAAGAACGUUAUGAGAAACUACCGCCGAGAGCUCUUGCAGAUUGAGAAGGCCUUUGAACUGGAGCGGCGGGAGCUUCUGACAAACAAUAAGAAGAAAUGGGAGCAAGCCAUACAGGCUCUCAACCAGCAAGAGCUGGAGUUCAUGAUAGCCCGCCUGAAGAAAGUGGAAGAGUAUGAGUGGGAGUUGAACCAGCUGAGGGUGCAAGAUGCAGAGGAAUACAAUGUGAUCAAGAUCAAGCUGGAGCAUGACGUGCAGAUCCUAGAGCAACAACUCCAGCAGAUGAAAGCCACAUACCAGCUGAACCAGGAGAAGCUGGAGUACAACUUCCAGGUGCUGAAGAAGCGAGACGAAGAGAACACCAUUAUCAAAUCCCAACAGAAGCGGAAGCUCAAUCGGUUACAUGACGUGCUGAACAACCUGCGCCUGAAACUGGCCAAGCAGAUCAAGCAGUACCGCGAGGAGAACCAGACGCUGACAGCUGACUACCAGCGCAUCGUGGAGCAAUACAAGGAUCUGCAGAGGACCAUGAGACACUUUGCCAUUGUGGACGCCGACCACUUCUUGCAGGUGUGGCUCAUGAAUGAGGAGGAGGCCAAGGGGCUGAUCCGCAAAGCGUUCGAUGCUGAUCGGGUCAUCAACAUGCAGCAGUUGGGGUUGCCCUGGGUGGAGCCGAGUGGUUGGUUCCUGCAUAACGUAGGGCCCAUCGCCCUUUACAAGAAGAAGAAAUCAGCCAAUGAGCUGGCCCAGGAGGUGAUGAAGGUGAAAUUGGCCAGCAGAGAAGAACAGGAGCCGUCCCCCCAGGCUGAAGGUCAUGCUCCAGAAGAGAAGGAAGAGACCCCUGUGGAGGGCGUCAAGGAGACUGUCGACUCCGAAGCAGAGAUUCCGUGUCCCUGGUCCAUCUCCCCUGCAACAGUCAAGCAUGUCUUGGAGCUCCUGUGUGAUGAAUCGGGCUUUGUGAUUGAGAGCAAGCUGCGGGGGCUCCUCCAACCUCUGCAGAAGCACGACCGCACCCUCAUGAAGCUGGACUCCAUUUUCACAGCCCUAUCAAUUGAUAAUGAAGAUGAUGUGUAUUACAUGGUGGAAUUCUUCAUGAAUCACAAGGCCAAGUUUCUGACCUCUUCUCAGGAGACAGAGUUGAUCGCAGACCCAGCUUCCGAAGAAGCCCCUCCAGAUGCCACUGCAACCGGCGUAGAAGAGACCUCUUAUGUUUCACAAAAAGAGGCCAAGACUCCUGUGGGCCCAGCUGUGCAUGCUUCCACCAUAUGGAUGCACCCCAAUGACAUCCUAAAAGCCCUCAGGGCCUUUGUGCAGGAGUUCAAGGAGCCACGGAGGAAACACCCCCAUUUGAAGCAAUCACAGGAAGUUCGGGACAACUCCAAGGACUCUGACUAUUGGGACGCGUUGGCCCACGUCAUCCCAGAUGGAAAGCUGAAGCUGUGGGAUGCGCUGAUAGAAGCCUUGCAGAAAUACAACUACAUCCUGACUCAGAGAGACAAGUUGAUCACGGAGACAGAUGGGAUGCAAAGGCAGAACAUGGAACUCCGGACGCUGCUUCAUCAGUAUCUGUAUUCUCCGGUCAAUGCUGAACUGCUGAUCCCUCCCACCCACCUCCUGGGCCUGCAGCUCACUUCCACAAGAUCUUCUCCUCUGCAGGAGCAACAGAGCCGGUUUCCUCCCAGUAGCGCCAUCUCCUCUUUGCCAAGCACAUGAGCGGGAGUCGUUCCAGGAAGCUUGCUGGGGUUACUUGCUUUGGUUUAUUUCAGAGACAAGUGGGGAUGAGCAAGGUUAGCCUGUGGCUUCUUCCCUGUCCUUGAGUACUUAUGCAAGCAGUGUGUUGACGAACAGCCUCCUCUUGACAAUGAAGCUCAGAACAGCACUCCCCGCCUUUUUUUUUAGGCUGGGGGAGACAGGACCCUUCAGGAGGGGGUUUAGUGGAUUGCGCCAAUUUUGCAGAUCGGUUUUGAACUGCCCCCAAAUUAGAAUUCUCUGGAGAAUCCACAACCUUGCACUUUCUGGAGCAUUCACAGAAACCAGCAUCACAGUUGCCCUCCCCCGCCCCCCAACUCUGCGGUCCCCCAGAAAUGUUAACAGCCCUUUCCCCAGGCGCGUUCUCUUAAAUCAUUGGACGCAGCCAGAGAGAAGUUAGCCAUGGUUCCUUCUUCCCUUCCCUGGCCUGCCUCCUGCCCUUCUCCGUCACUUGCUGUAGCAGGCUAGGUUUCAAGUAUGCUACAAAGCAGGUGCGGAGAGGAGGGCGUGGGACAGGGUGAAGGAUGUAACAGGCAGGAGGAAUUAGAACUGCCUUUUUAUGUAAAAGUCCACUUUUGGUGCACUGAAAAAUCCUGGUUAACUCACAUGGCCCACAGCAGCUUGGGGUAGAUCCUAGAAGGGGUGGUUCUGGUGGUGCCUAGAAGGUCAGGGACUGGGCUUCUGAGGAGAAUUUUUCUGCACCUCAUCAGUAAAUCUAGUUGUUCUUCAGGCUGUGUCUUGUGUGUGUGUGUGUAUCCAUAUCAGAAGUGUUUCAGGGAAGGGCUGUUUCUCAGUAUUGCAAAGGAGAAGAAGCAAAUAAAAUGGUUGGUCAACUUUC